CGUGUGCGUGCUCGUGCUUCUUUUUCUUUCUCUUCCCCCUGCUGACUCUGGUAGAAUUCAAAGCUCUUCUAAUACAAGAGUAUAUCCGUCCUCUUCUCUGCUCUUGCCUUGCCGAGUGGCUCCUUUCUGUUAUUCCUUUUCCGUGGAAUGACUACCGUAAUCUCCUGACCAGUGAAUGAGUCUAUUCGGCGGUUGUUGGUGUUGGUUGGCGGUGAUCGAUAGAGUUGCUGGGCAGUGGGGGGGAGUGGACAAGUGCUCCUGGCCUGUCCACGGGAGAGAGAACGCGAGAGAGAGAGCGAGACAGAGAGACAGAGAGAGCAUGGACCCGUGGCGCACGCGGGCCCGUCACGACGGCCAAGAAGGAAAAAAACAUGCCAUAAGGGGAGACUUCACAGAGGCGAAGUUGCAGGGCGGACCCUGAAUGCAUGUCCGUCCCCCUUGGCCGGGCAGUUGAGUUCAG